CAAGAGAGUUAGCUGCAGUGAGACAAUCAGGUGCACGAUGAAGAGCUUCACCUCAAUAACAGCUUUACUUCUCUGCAGCCUCAGCUGGAUCUUCGUCCCGGGUUCUGGGUCUCGGACAGUGAAGGUCCAAUCUGGCGAUGGAGUCACGCUGCUGUCCCUGAACAUCUCCAGAAUCCCAACUCACACGUUCUGGUCCAGGAUAGUUAACACAACCGAGAUCAGCUGCAUCUCUUUGAUGUACGAGCCUGAUGGUGAUGUUCUACUCUGUGAGGGAUUUCAGGGCGGAACGUUUGAAAUGAGCUCCAACAUCUCUUUUGUCUUUCUUAAAAUCAAAGAUGUAUCGGACUCUGGGCUGUAUCUGUGUGGAUUUUACUUACAUCAACACACAGGAAUGGAUGUGAUACGUUUGAAUGUUAAAGGCAGCGAUGGAUCUGAUGGUGACACAGACAGAGAGUGUAAAGAAGGACUAACAAAGCUGACUAGUGUGAUCCUGGCUGCUUCAACUGCUGUUCUUGUGAUGGUCAUCAUUGGUCUGCUUGUUCAAAUCUGGAAACUUCAAACAGCCCUUAAUGAAGAUCAUCAAAAACAGAACCUGGGCUCCAAUGAGAUGAACUACGCAGCGCUCAGUUUCCAUCCACCAACGAGGAGAAACCACAGGCCUGCAUCAGAGAGAGAGAUGGAACCAAACGUGGUGUAUGCUGCCACCAGAUAGACUCAGGAAACAAGUGGAACUGCAACUUUAUCUGUUAAUGUGCAAUUUAUGGAAGAAGUUGCCUCAACUUUGUUAAAAAAAAAAAUAAAAAUCUAAAUAAAGAUGUUUUAUCACUUCUA